AUGUCAGAUGAAGCAAGUUCACUGCAGCGUCCGGGGCGGCCCCUCUCCAUCGCGCUGUGGAAUUUCUCGUCCAACUGGUUUUUGAUACCGCAGGGAACGGGAAUCAUCUGCAUCCUUCUCCACCAACUGGAUUACCAGUUCAAGGGACUGAUGAUCCUCGCCAAGAUCGUUUGGAUAUACGCCAUCGUUCUCUUCGGCCUCUGUCUGAUCAUCUACUCCCUCCGAAUACUGGUGUACCCAAAACACGUCCGACAUCAGCUGCGGGUAAACCUCGUGGAGACAUCGUGUCUGGCGAGCAUCCCUAUUGUAUACAAUGAAAUCAUCCAGCUGGCUGUGUUGCAGUAUGGUAGCCGCGCUGGAGUCGCGUUUUAUGUCCUCUGGUGGAUCCAGGCUGGCCUGGCAACCGUCGCCUGUCUGGCCAUUCCUUACGUUCAGCUGAAACUCCAGCCCCCGGGAAUAUCACACCUCCCGCCAGCCAUCUUACUCCCUUUCAUCGCGUCGCUGACGUCUGCCGUCGGGGGUGGCGUGCUAUGUCGCUUUGAUCACAUCAGCGCACGCCUCCAGGUGCCCGUCAUCAUCAUCUCGUAUCUCCAAAUCGGGGCGGGACUCUCACUGGCGGUCGGAUUCGACACGUUGAUCUUACUGCAGCAUUUUGACCGAUUCACUCCAACCGCAGAUAACGUAUACCAGGACAUGAUCGUAUGCGGGCCAUUUGGACAGGGCGCAUUCGCACUCCAGGUACUGGGCGAGGCCGUCGCGGAGGGCAGUUUCGCGUCAUACAGUCGAGGCACAUUUUUAACUUCGGAAGCAGCCGCGCCGAUCGGGUAUACAAGUCAGUUCUUGGGACUGCUCACUUGGGGCUACGGGAUCUUCUGGUGGUGCUUCGCCAUUGUCAGCAUAUGUCAUACACUGUGUGCUCAGCCCGGCGGGUGGCGCAAAACAAGAUUCACGAUGGCUGCGUGGUCGCUCAUCUUUCCAUGGGUGCGCUGUCCAUCCCCGAUUUGUGUGUGUAGGGCUCAUCGUAAGCAGGGCGUUUUCACCAAUGCGGCUGUGGAGUUUGGGAAGACCAUGGACUCGCCAGCGUUCGCCGUGGUUUCCACUGCGCUUCUGCUGAUUUUAUUGGUGAUGUGGUUCGCUGUUCAGAUUCUCACGAUGAAAGGGUUAUUCACCGGUCGCAUUCUUGGUCUGGAGCAUGGAUGGAAACGACGCCGUCUUGACCGUGGGGAUUCCGCGGGGAACAAGGACGCGUGA